AUGAAGAAGGAACCGAAAGAACAGAACUGUCCACAUGCAGGACAGGGCUGCAGCAUAAAAGAAUUUAUGAGAAUGAACCCUCCAUCCUUUGCAGGAGGACCUAAUCCAAUGGCAGCAGAGAACUGGAUACAGGAGAUAGAGGAAAUUAUGGAAAAGAUUGAGAAAUUUACUAAUCUGAUCCGGGGGGAUUUGACGGUUGCGGAAUAUGCGGCUAAAUUUGUGGAAUUAUCCCGUUUCACUCCAUUUCUGGUCCCAAACAAGAUAAGGAAGGCUAGGAAAUUUGAUAAAGGCUUGAGGCGCAAGAUCUCCAAGUUGGUGGUUGGGUUUCAGGUCCAAAAUUUUUCAAAAUUAGUUGAUAAGGCUUCGGUGCUGGAAAAGAGUAUCCAGGGCAACACUGAGUCUAUAGAGCAGAAGAAGAGACUUAUACCAUCUAGUUUUCAAUCUGAGACCAGUCAAGGAUUAGCGAAGAAAGGAAAAGAAGAAAUGGGCUCUGUAUGCCCGAAGUGUGAUAAGAGGCAUAGGGGCGAAUGCUGGUAUGACACUCUGAAUUGUUACAGGUGCAAUAAGCCAGGGCACCACAGGAAAGAUUGUCGAGAACCCUUGCCUAUGGUAGCUACUCAGAAUCAAUACCGAGGAAGUAGCAGGUACUGCUUGGAAGGGGUGCUCCACCUCGAUUGUACACACUUCGAGCUGAGAAGGAUGCCAUCAGAGAAGUAG